CGCAGGCCGACUCUCUAUCCACUGAGCCAAACUGGUUAGGGCUCCAAAUUUUUAAUAGUGUGUUUGUGAUAUGUUAUGUUCUAGAGAUUUCAAAGUAGCAAUAAUAAAAGAAAUAUGUGAGACACAUCUAAGAAAUUGUUUGAAAAUCUGAAAACACUAAGUGAGGAAAAAAGUCAAAGAAGUCUUGUAAAUCAAAGAAAUAAUGUAAUAUACCACAUAUAUGAAAUUUAUUCAGUUGCCAUUUUGAGCUAUAUUAAAAUGGUUGAAAAUAUUGAGCUCUUGACAUUGCUGUUAUAUUUUAAGGGAAGUGGAGUGCAUUGCAGAUAAACAAUAUACAGAUUGAAUAUUCAUUCUGGAAACUUCUAAUUUACAGAUAAGACCUGAGAAGAAGCUAGUGGGUCAGGUACCUUAAAUUAGGGAUUACUUGAAACAUUCUCUUCAGUAGAAAUGAUGCAAGAAAAGAGUUUUUUUCAUAAGAUGCCUUUUGUCGAAAUGAAGUGACAUUCCAUCCUAUACAGAAUUAUCACUCAGCAUUCUAUGUGCUGGGGAAAUUGUAGAGCAGGGAUCAUUUAUUAGCUUGAGCAGGCAAAGGCUGGCUGUGCUUUCAAAGUCAUAACCAAGUUUUAGAACUUGUUAUAGGAGUUUUUGAAGGGCAGGGAUAACUGAGGCUACAUUUUCAUGAAGUUAUGAAUACCUUUACUUUGAGGUAUUAAUUAUCCAGUUCUUGCACUUGAAACUAUUUAAAAAAAUUUUUUAUAUAGAUUUUAGAGAGGAAGGGAGAGGGAGAGAAAGGGAUAGAAACAUCAAUGAUGAGAGAGAAUCAUUGAUCGGCUGCCUCCUGCACGCCCCCCACUGGGGAUGGAGCCCACAACCCCAGCAUGUACCCUGACUGGGAACCGACCCCCUGGUUCAUAGGUCGAUGUUCAACCACUGAGCCACACCGGCCCGGCUUAAAACUACAAGUAUCUUUACGCUAUCACUAUUUGAAUCAGUGAUUUUUGACCUUGGUCCCAGCUUAUGAUCUUGGGCCUCAAUUUCUUUACAUUAAAAGAGGUUUGAACUAGGUUUAUUCUUUCAAAAGACCAUUUACUAGGUAUUCUUGUCUGCAUUGCAGAAUCAUUGGACUUAGCAGUGAGCAAACAGCUAGGUUGGGAUAAAGGCCAUUAUUUUGAUUAGUUAUUUUUCUCUUAAAGAAUUCCUUUCACAGUAAUGUUCUUUUCGAUACAGAAUUACAUAUUUACCUUCAUAAGGGCUCGAAGUUUAUUUUGCCCAACUCCUUCCCUGACUGAUGAGGACAACUGAAGCUGGAGAGGUAGCCUUUAUCAAUUAGUAUUACAUGUCAGCAAUCUCCUGCCUUUGAAGAUUCAAAUAAACCAGCACAUUUUAAAGUUUAAUGAAUUUCAUCUAUAAUGUGUAUAUACAGUAUUGGGAUUGCACAUUAUUUCUUAAAAACUACGAGAACUGUUAGUUUUUUGACACUAGAUCAAAUUAUUGAGAGUAAUAUUACAACUAAAAAAACCCCAAUAGAUUCUUAGUUGGGACUACCAUUAAAGGUUAUAUCAACUGAAAAAAUAGGUCAUGUCAACUGAAAAAAUACAAAUGGGUACUAAAGGCCCAUGAACACCUUAGAUUGAUUUUACUGAAGUGUUAAGGGACUCCAGUCUGGCAGGGACCCAUUUUUUCCCCCCGGACUUUAAAAUUUAGCUAACACCAAUUUGGAAUUUUCUGUGGAUGACAAGAGGAAUCUGUAGUUUUUGUAUUUUCUCCUCCAAGAGCUGCCAGCCUCCCACACCUGCACCGGUUCUUUGAAGCUGUGCGUGCGCGACCCGCCCGCCCUCAAGGCUGCUAUUCCCUCGUGUGCGCGCCAAACGAGUUUUGAGCCGUGGCUGCAGCCUGUUGAUCCCAUUUCCUCCUGCACUGGUUCUGGUUAGGGAGUGGCUCUCCCAGGACUUCCACUGUUUUUGUGCUCCGGCACCGGUAUGCACAGGGCUCCGGUGCAUUGUUUUCUAAUAGGCGGGCGCCGGUAGCGCUUCAGCUUAGACCUUUAUUUUACAUUCUUUCGUCUUGGGCUGCGUGUACUCUCUUGUUUCUGGGCGCUCUCCACGUCCUUCCCAGUUUCCUGUUAGCGAAAGGGAUCGCUCUUUCGGAACGAAAAGUUCUCAGGGCCGAGUGGAACCUCCCGGAAAAUGCUCUUCUCUUCCGUGUGCACCGGCUGGGAGUGGGGGUGGGCCAGCAACUGAAAGGGAGGACCCGGGCCCCAGGGAGCGGCGGGAGAGGUGUGGUUCGAUGGAGAAAGGCUGAGGGGUGGCGAGGCCGACCCGGGGCAACGUCCUUGCAUCCGGGGGCGGAGGGAACUUCUAUUCAGCGCCAACUCUGCGCAGAGGCCCAAGUCUCUCUGGGGAGAUCUGAGCCCAGAAGCCCGUGAACCGGAGGAAGGAGCAUCGCCACUGCCAGGCGUUGGGGGAUGGCUGCUGAGGUUUCCUGUCCUCCAGGCGCUCGCGUCCCUCCUGGAGACUCCAGCCCCCGGGGAGGCGGGAGGUGUCGGGUUCCCGCUGUCACUCCCAGCCUCUCUCCCCGCGCUGCUCGCCUUCUGGGUCCGGACCCCUGUCCAUCCCGAGGCGAGGUGGCCCGGGCGGGCCGCAGCCGGUGGGGGAGCCUGGCGGCCCCGCCGGGAGGGCACCUGGCCCCACGGACCCUCCUCGCGCGACCGGUGGGGGCGGAAGAUGGCGGCGGCGGGGAGCCCACCCACUGACCGCCGCCGCCGCCCCCGCCGGGCGGUGCUGUGUCCCCGCAGGAGUCAGAGAGGAUGGCCGGGGCCGGCGGCCAGCACCACCCUCCGGGGGCCGCGGGCAGCACGGCUGUCGGGCCCAGCGCCGUGGUCACCCCCGCUGUUGCCUCGGCGGGGCCCGGAGAGGAUUCGUCCGACAGCGAAGCCGAGCAAGAGGGUCCUCAGAAACUGAUCCGCAAAGUGUCCACCUCGGGGCAGCUCCGGACCAAGACCAGUAUUAAAGAGGGACAACUGUUGAAGCAAACCAGUUCUUUCCAAAGAUGGAAAAAGCGAUACUUCAAGCUUCGAGGCCGUACACUUUAUUAUGCAAAGGACUCAAAGUCUCUGAUAUUUGAUGAAGUUGACCUCUCAGAUGCCAGUGUAGCUGAAGCAAGCACAAAAAAUGCUAACAACAGUUUCACGAUAAUCACUCCAUUCAGAAGACUAAUGCUGUGCGCUGAGAACAGAAAGGAGAUGGAGGAUUGGAUCAGCUCACUGAAGUCUGUACAGACCAGAGAGCCUUAUGAGGUGGCCCAGUUUAAUGUGGAACAUUUCUCAGGGAUGCAUAACUGGUACGCCUGCUCCCAUGCCCGACCCACUUUCUGUAACGUGUGCCGAGAGAGCCUUUCCGGAGUCACCUCCCAUGGCCUGUCCUGCGAAGUGUGUAAAUUCAAGGCCCACAAAAGGUGUGCAGUGAGGGCCACAAAUAACUGCAAGUGGACGACUCUGGCCUCCAUCGGGAAGGACAUCAUAGAGGACGAGGAUGGGGUGGCUAUGCCUCACCAGUGGCUAGAGGGUAACUUGCCUGUGAGUGCCAAGUGUGUUGUCUGUGACAAAACGUGUGGCAGCGUUCUUCGCCUACAAGAUUGGAAAUGCCUUUGGUGUAAAAUGAUGGUACACACUGCCUGCAAAGACUUAUACCAUCCUGUAUGUCCACUUGGCCAAUGUAAAGUGUCUAUAAUUCCUCCAAUUGCACUAAACAGCACUGAUUCUGAUGGUUUCUGUAGAGCAACGUUUUCAUUCUGUGUUAGUCCUUUACUGGUUUUCGUCAACUCCAAGAGUGGAGAUAAUCAGGGAGUCAAGUUCCUUCGACGGUUUAAACAGUUACUAAAUCCAGCUCAGGUGUUUGAUUUAAUGAAUGGAGGUCCUUAUUUAGGUUUAAGAUUAUUCCAGAAGUUUGACAAUUUCCGGAUUCUUGUUUGUGGAGGAGAUGGAAGUGUAGGUUGGGUUUUGUCAGAAAUUGAUAAGCUCAACUUGAAUAAACAGUGUCAGCUUGGAGUGCUGCCUUUGGGUACCGGAAAUGACCUGGCCCGGGUUCUCGGCUGGGGUGGUUCAUACGAUGAUGACACUCAACUUCCCCAGAUACUAGAGAAGCUGGAACGAGCCAGUACUAAAAUGCUGGACAGGUGGAGUAUAAUGACCUAUGAACUCAAAUUGCCACCAAAGGCUUCUCUACUUCCAGGACCUCCAGAAGCACCUGAAGAAUUUUAUAUGACAAUUUAUGAAGAUUCAGUUGCAGAUCAUCUUACAAAAAUCCUUAAUUCUGAUGAACAUGCAGUAGUCAUAUCAUCUGCUAAGAUACUAUGUGAAACUGUAAAGGACUUCGUUGCCAAAGUAGAGAAGGCAUAUGACAAAACGUUGGAAAAUGCUGUUGUAGCCGAUGCCGUGGCCAACAAAUGUUCGGUCCUCAAUGAGAAGCUUGAACAACUGCUCCAGGCUUUGCGUACAGACUCCCAGGCUGCUGUUCUCCCAGGCAUCAGCCCUGUCCUUGUAGAAGAAGAUACAGUGGAAUCUUCGAGUGAAGAGUCCUUGUGUGAAAGCAAGGAACAGCUCUUGGAUGACACUACUAAACCUUCCUCCCAGAAAGCAGUGAAACCAAAGGAAAUAAUGUUGCGGGCAAAUAGUUUAAAGAAAGCAGUGAGGCAAGUCAUUGAAGAAGCCGGAAAAGUUAUGGAUGAGCAGACAGUUCACCCCUGUGAGCCAGUUAAUCAGUCAUUCGAUUAUGAUAGUACAGAAACAGAUGAAUCUAAAGAAGAAUCUAAAGAUGAUGAUGCAAAAGAGUCAUUAAUUGUUAAAACUGCACCUCGGUCUCCAGAUGGCCGGGCAAGUCGUUCCCAGACUGACUCUGGCCCUGGCCCAGCUGUGGCAGCCAGCAAAGAAAACCUCCCUGUGCUCAACACCAGGAUAAUCUGCCCAGGUUUAAGAGCAGGACUAGCAGCCUCAAUUGCUGGGAGUUCUAUUAUCAACAAAAUGUUACUAGCAAAUAUUGAUCCUUUUGGUGCAACGCCAUUUAUUGACCCAGAUCCAGAUUCAGUAGAUGGAUAUUCAGAAAAAUGUGUCAUGAACAAUUACUUUGGGAUUGGAUUAGAUGCAAAAAUUUCAUUAGAAUUUAAUAAUAAGAGAGAGGAGCACCCUGAAAAAUGCAGGAGCCGAACUAAAAACUUGAUGUGGUAUGGAGUCCUUGGAACCCGGGAGUUACUACAGAGAUCAUACAAGAAUUUAGAACAGAGGGUUCAGCUUGAGUGUGAUGGACAGUAUAUUCCUCUCCCCAGUCUGCAAGGAAUAGCAGUACUGAACAUUCCCAGCUAUGCCGGAGGCACUAACUUUUGGGGUGGAACUAAAGAGGACGAUAUAUUUGCUGCACCAUCAUUUGAUGACAAGAUCCUGGAAGUCGUUGCAAUAUUUGAUAGUGUUCAAAUGGCGGUUUCAAGGGUCAUUAAACUACAGCAUCAUCGAAUAGCCCAGUGCCGUACAGUAAAAAUCACUAUAUUUGGUGAUGAGGGUGUCCCAGUGCAGGUAGAUGGUGAAGCAUGGGUUCAGCCUCCAGGGAUUAUCAAAAUUGUGCACAAGAACAGAGCUCAGAUGCUAACAAGGGACAGGGCUUUUGAAAGCACUCUGAAAUCUUGGGAAGAUAAGCAAAAGUGUGAUUCUGGUAAACCAGUUCUUCGAACCCAUUUGUACAUCCAACAUGCUGUUGACUUGGCAACGGAGGAGGUGUCUCAGAUGCAGCUGUGCUCCCAGGCUGCGGAGGAGCUCAUUACGAGGAUUUGUGAUGCAGCCACAAUCCACUGUCUCUUGGAGCAGGAACUGGCCCACGCUGUGAAUGCUUGCUCCCAUGCACUGAAUAAAGCCAACCCCCAGUUCCCAGAGAGCCUUACGAGAGACACUGCCACUGAAAUAGCCAUCAAUGUGAAGGCACUAUAUAAUGAAACGGAAUCUUUACUGGUUGGCAGAGUUCCUUUGCAGCUGGAAUCCCCACACGAGGAGCGGGUGUCCAGUGCCUUACACUCUGUGGAGGUGGAGCUGCAGAAGCUAACAGAGAUCCCGUGGCUUUAUUACAUCCUCCACCCAAAUGAGGACGAGGAGCCUCCUAUGGAUUGCACCAAGAGAAACAGCAGAAGCACAGUGUUUCGCAUAGUGCCAAAAUUUAAAAAGGAAAAGGUUCAGAAGCAGAAGAUAAGCUCACAGCCUGUUCAGAAAUGGGGCACAGAGGAAGUUGCUGCUUGGCUGGAUCUGAUCAAUUUGGGAGAGUACAAAGAAAUCUUCAUCCGUCAUGACAUCAGAGGGGCUGAACUUUUGCAUCUGGAAAGGCGAGAUCUUAAGGACCUGGGGAUAUCGAAAGUGGGUCAUAUGAAGCGAAUUCUCCAGGGAAUUAAAGAGCUUGGAAGGAGCACUCCCCAGUCUGAGGUGUAAUCAUAUUGGUGCUAUUCCUUAGAAGGGAAGUAAUGGCUAUUUAAUACAAAGUCCUUGGAAGCAGUUGACUGUUCGUGUAGUUUUCUGCCCAGAUAAGUAAGCACCACUGAAGCACCUCCAUGGCUUGAUAUUGUGCCGUUGGUGAAAAUUUUGAUUUGAGGUAUUAGAAAAUAUUUUUGUGCCAAAAAAUACAUUCCACAAAGCUAUUUUCUUACUGUGCAAACCUGAUAUGUUCAAAUUUGCUCAUAUAAGUAAAACAGUAGGAUGAGACAAUUGCAUUGUCCAAAAGGUGAAAUUGCAGAAUGUUUGCUUUCCUUAAACCUGGUCAGAUGGAAUGUUCUUACUGUGCACUCACAUAAUAGUAUAUGGCUAAAACUUCUUAGGUCUCAUUAUUGGAGGCAUUGGCUUCCUCCUCAAAAAUCGUUGGUUAGAGGACUAAGAUAUAUAAAGAUGUAUUUUGAAUGUUAGAUUGGUAUCACCUCAGAUUCCUAGUGUCCUGUGGUCAAAUAAUAGGGUUAAAAUCCCUCAAAUACUAUGAAUGAAUGAACGCAAAUCUUAAUGCACGGUGUUGCUGCCUGAAUUGUCUCUUUCUUGCAUGUCCAACAUCUACUAUUGUAAAACUUAGUGUUAAUGUCAGUUUUAAUGGGAUUAAUUUAUUACUACCUAAGUACCUUUUUGUUAGCUAUAGGCACUUUUCUGUUCUUUGAUGUGGACUUUGCAUAAAUAUUCUGUAUCUAAGAAUUUGUGAACAUGUGUCUAUGCCAUAAUCAACAAAUGAUAAACAUUUUAGGCAAGCCAAUUUUUGUCAACCUAUCAUAAAGAGUAGGUAUGCACAUUAAGAAAAUUUCCUGGAUAGUUUCAUAAAAUUACAUAUUCUGUUGUCUAACAACAUUAUGCUUUCCAAACCAAAUUUUCCACAUUUUUUCUUAUUUUUCCAUUUCAAUUUAAUAAUUAUUUAAUGCUGUGCUUGCAUUUAUAUAUAGUAACUGUAGACAUUCAGGAAUUUCUUCAAUGUCUCAACUGUGGUUUGUAUACUGAUCGGUCACCCAGACUCACCCACUAGCUAAAGUUAUGCUUGACAUGAACUUCCUCCCAACAAGAGAAAUUUAAAAUUUUUAAAGACCUUUACAUUAUUAUUAUUAUCUCACGUAAUUCUUAUAUCUUAUCAGGUAGAUAUUAUUUUCUUUUUCUAACCACCAUACUUCAGUGUAGCUCAUUAGGAGUCAACAUUGCAAUUAUCAAAUCUUUGAAAGCCAAAGCGUACAUAUCAACAAGUCACAAAAUACUUCAAAUAAUCUCUUUUUAGAUAUUAUAUGCCAAAAAGUAAUUAUAAUAUUUAAAAAUCUUCUAUAUAUAAGAAGUAAGCAGGGUACUGUACUGACCCAGUGGUGACAAUUUUCAUAAAGUAACCUUUUAGGUAGGUGCUCAAUAGGAAUGUAUACACAUGCAUAUAUACAUAUACACACAUAUAUGUAUAUACACCCAUAGACAUUUAUAUGCAUAUUCACACUUAUAAUCACAAAAUAUGCUCUCAUUGAUAUGUUCUAGACAACUCUUUGCUGAAUGCGUAAAGAGAAAUAUUGAUGGGAAAGCAUUAAAAUGAACUAUUGUCAGACAUAAUUUAAUUAUAUCAAAGAAGUUUAAUUAUUUGACAUUUUAUUCUUAUUUAUAACUUUAGUAUCUAACUACUAGAAAAAUCAUAAAAUGUGGAUAUCUUAAAAAUAAAUAAACCUGAUAGGUAGGUUCAUGACCAAGUGUGUCUGACUAUAUAUUUUACCUAAGUUGUGAAUUAGUAGAAAUUUUCCAAAGAGAAUUAUACCAGGUAGCUUAAUAGAGUAAAAAGUUAUUCACUUAAAAUGUUAAUGUUACCCACACCUAAGAAAUCACAGGCCUUUUCCAGUUCCUUUUGUAGUCCCCUGUCCCCUGCCCCCCAGCCUGCACGAUGUCCUGCUCUUCCAGACACUUCCCUGGGAAAAUAAAACACAUGCCCGGUCUCCCUGUCCAACAAGGAGGUGGGAACUCUAGACAAAAAUGAAUUAAUAUGAAGAUCUUUAUUGAUUUUCACUUCCUCAAAUACCUCUUUGCCAAUAGAGAAGAUUCUUAAGCUAUUACAUUUUCAGAAUGGAAAAGGAAGAUAUAAAUGACUGAAUUUUUUGGUUUGAUGUUGAUCUUUCAAUCUUAGAUACCAUCUCUUAUAUUUACUGUAAAACCUCAGUUAAUGGAAUCUUUAGGUAGGUACAAUUUUCCUGCAAGUGGCUCUUGGAUUAGGGGAAUCCUUUAAAAUGACCAUUUCGAUAUCCUUUUUGUUGAAUGAUAGCACAUUUCCUGGUACAUUUUGUCAUGUGGCGUUUGUAGGAUCCAAAUGACUUCACUCACACCUGUUUGCCAGGGUAGUGCCCUCAGAGCCUCCUUAGGCCCCUGGCAGUAUCACAGAGGAACCAGCUUCUUGUAAUAGAUGGGGUUACAGAGAAAACAGGAUGAAGAAUUUCUCUAGGGUGUCUGAUUACAGCUCUGGGGAGUGCAGGUGAGGCCCCUGUGCUAGUCCACGCACAAGCUGAGCUGUAGUGGCCACCUUUCCUCUCUGCUAGGCUCUUACACAUGCAGAUAAUUUGGGAGGGAUGGAGAGGAAUCACAACCAACAUCCACUUCCUUUCAGUCUCAUUUUUCUGAGGAAGAACGUGCUUUUCAAGAAGGAAAGGGACAGAGUCAGGCCUAAGUAUAAUUUCAGUGUAAACUUAAUUUUUCUCUUUAGCGUCUUUCCACCUCCCUUUUAUUUCACUUACAUUUUCUGAGUUUAUUUCUUGUUUUAAUUUAAAUUUAUUGGGGUGACAUUGGUCAACAUGAACAUAUAGGUUUCAGGUGUGGGUUUCUAUAUUGCACCAUGUGUCCACCUCCCUCUCUGAAUUUCUUUCCCAGUUCCUGGCUUCAUGUUUUCCCAUGCACCCAGUAUAUGAUGGUUGCUCAAAUUCUCACUGCCAUGUACUACCCUUUCCUCAUCAACUGUCCCACUGCAAAUUGGCUCCUUUCAUCUCUCCUUGCCUGAGCAUUCAUUGUGGGUCAUCUAGCAAAGUUUUAGGAAGAAGACAAUAUAAAGAAACUAACUUUACAGUUUGUAUUUAAUAAAAGGAAAUGCUAAUUUAAGUGAAUUAAUGGAUUAGGUAAUUGGGAACUAUGAUACAUUGCUGUGACUAGGAAAGGAGUCAUCCCGCGAAUGUCUAGACCUGUGCUGUCCGAUAUUAUAGCCACUAGGCUCAAGUGGCUAUUUAAAUCUAAAUUACUUUAUGUAGAAAUUGAGUUUCUCAUGUGCACUAGCUACAUUUCAAGUGCUCAAUGGCCACAGUGGACUAACAGAUGUUGAGUAUAUACAUCGUUGCAAAAACUUUACCAGAUAGCAUUGGUCUAGAGCAGAGGUGGGGAACAUCUGGCCUGCCAAAGCAUUAGGGGUGAGUUAAUUAAAUGUUUAACCAAAUAUAGUAGGCUGAUUUUUAAGUUGAUGAUUUUCUAUGUCUUGCAAAUGAUGUUAUAAAUAUCCCAGUGGCCCUUGGCAGAAAAAAGGUUCUCCACCUCUGGUCUAGAGCAUUGCUACCCAAAAUGUAGUCCAUGGACCAGCAGCAUCCUUAUCACCUGGAAACUUAUAGAAAGGCAGAUUCUUAGGUUUACUCCAGACCUACUGAAUCUAAACCUUGGAACAAGAUUCAUCAGGUGAUUAGCACUAACCUAAAUAUGUUUUAUUCCUCCUAGAUAUUAGGGAUUUCUGGUCUUUAAAAGAUGCUCAAAAUAGCUCAUUCCCCAACCCACUGUCUCAUAUCGCUCCUCUAGCUAAUCCUAGAAAUCAGUUAAAACUCACUUAUUCUCCUCAUUAAUCGCCCUAACUGAGCUAGCUUCUCCACCCAUAUUCCUAAUUCUGGCUCUAGAUGAGCCCUACCUACCCAGUUAUUAUAUUUUAGUAGCGAAGGUGGAACACAGGAAAUUGGCUAACCAACACAGCUGGCCUCUCUCCAGCCCCUCACCCCACAUCUUAGUCACUAACAAUCUGCAUUCACUCAGUUUGUUGCUCAUGUGGCAUUCUCAUUUGUUCACAACUUAAGUAACAGGAAAUAUUUUCAGAAGAAUAUGUACUGAGACAAGUAAAGACUGGGUCAGUUUCUUAAAACUUCACUUUCUCUUAUCAGUAGAUUAUCCUGUUGACAUAGUUCAUGCUUGAGAACACAGCAGCACACACACAUUAAAUGAAUCAUUAGUCAUGAAAACCCAAGAUUGCAAAUAAAGUGAAUGUGUCAUUAAAGCCCUCAGAGAAAGCAUUUGUUUGCUAGACUAAGUCUGUUAAUUAUGCUAACUUAUCUUUAUUUUCAGAUAGCUAAUCAUUCCUUAAAAUAGUGCCUGAAAAUACUUUAUCAUAUUCUUGACCUUGAAAAUAAAAAUUAUUUAAUUCUACAAUAAGAUCUUUCCUGAUGGCUUUUGGUUAAUAAUCCUUCAUUUAAUGUGUACAUAUUGAUAUAAUUUAAGAGAUACUUUAUCUAAUUUUCAUGAAUAAAGAGGGCACUACUUUAAUCUUCAUGGAAGUAAUUUUUAACAGGACUUGAGGAAGGAAAUAUUCAUGCAAAGCAUGACUUAGAAAAUUAUAGUGCAAAGUUCUAUACAUCCGUCUAAAGUAACUGAUCUAUUAUCUCCGACUGGGCUGACAACAUAUUGGACUUUUGUGUUUUGCAGAUGUGAAUUCUGUAAGGGUAUAGCUUUUCAUUAAGCUAUAAAAGCUGUCUCAACCUUGAUAUCUAGGAUUUCUCCUGUCCUCCUCCCCCCACCCCCGUAAAGUCAUCCUGUAUUUUUCAGAUGAAAUUUGGAUAAAACAGUGGGUUUAGAGAUUGAUGAUACAAGUGGCAGUUUUAAAAGAUUAAGCUCUUCAAAUCAGCUGAAAAGAAUGAGAAGUGAAAAUUCCUCAAAUACUGUCAGACUUCCAGGAGGUCCCAGUGCUUAGGUGCCAUGCCUCUCCCUUGCCCUCUCUGCUCACCAUCCAUGCCAAGUGCAGUGGGUCCUGGGGCUUGUUUGUCUGCUGUGGCAUUUCCCCAGUGACUUCCGUAUAGCAGCCUCUGCGUCACAUGGGUAGCAUGUAGGAUACCUUCCUAAAGAAACAACCAAAACUUCUAAAAGGCCAUGAUAAUUGGCUUUAUAAUAGCAAAGCACUAAUUUUUAAUCUUUAUUGUUGUUUUCUCUUUACUAUUUCCUCCAAGUUUUGUUUAGAGAUAUUUCUGUUAGGAUAAAAAAACUGUAAAGAUUUAUUAUUACAAAGAACAGUGAGAUAAAAGACAGCUGGACUGUAUCUAUUUGUAUACUUCUUUUUGUUAUUUUUCAAAAAAAAGAAGUUUAGCAGAGUAACUGAGAGUGCAUUAAACUCAGUAACAAUGUUUUAAAAAAAUCAUAUUACUAAUAUAGGUGAAGAGAUUAACUUCCUUUGUGUACUUAAGAUAUUCUAUUUACAUAUAUUUAUAUCCCCUCUUAAUUUUUUAUGCAAUUCCAAGUUUUAGUUGGAAAAAUACAAACAAAGCCACUACUUAAACGUUUUAAAAAUUUUAAAUUAUUUCAUUUUAGCUACAAGUUAUUCAUGGCAUAGGAAUUUAUUAAUAGUCUCAGUAUUUCAUAGGAAAUGCAUUUCAAGAGUAAAAUAGCCAAACUUAAAGAAAUAUAGGGUUACUUUAAAAUGUAUUAAGAUAAGUUUUAUACUCAGUUAAUGAUGCCAUUGAAGUAAGAUAAUGCAUUUCAAGAGUAAAAUAGCCAAACUUAAAGAAAUAUAGGGUUACUUUAAAAUGUAUUAAGAUAAGUUUUAUACUCAGUUAAUGAUGCCAUUGAAGACAAGCUAAAAAGGAAGAAGAAUAUAUUUUGUGGUCCUUACUGUUUGAUUGCACUAUUGUUUACCACAGCUUAGCCAUGUCUACUUCUAUAUUCUAACUAUUAAGCUGAUAUGUAACUAAAGAUUUCUUACAGUUCUGGUAACUGGUAACUAGUGCUGUGAAAGGUUUUGGUAUUGUAACAUUCCCAGUCUUGUGAGUUAUAUAUUGUAUAUUGAAGAUGAUUAAUAAAUUGAAGUAAUAUAUUUGACUAGAGCUGGGAAAACAUGGUAAUUAUUUUCAAAUGUUUAAGUUUAAUCAAAAUUUUUUUUCUCUUAAGUGAGAUAAAAGUCUCACUUUUGUUAAAAUGUCUAUUUAUACAACAGGUUUCUCCUUUUAUUGAUUUUAUUAAUUUUCCUAUUAAAAUUGUUCUUAUCUUUUGUACCAAAAUAAUUAUCAUGCUGGGUAUUCAAACUGCCAAGAUGUAUUUUAGUUUGCUGGACUUUGGCAGACAGAAUAUUUAAUAACAAACCAGCUUUGUAUAUUUUGUGGCUUUGGGGUCAGGAUUUUACCUUUGAAUAUCUAAGUGCUGUUAUCAGCAAAGUCAACAUAGACAGUAUUACUUGUAAUUAUCUGUAGAAGAUUUUCACAAAUUGUAUAAAUCAGUGCAUUUAUUUAUUAUGUUGUGAAAUUUAAUCUUUAUACAAAUGCAUAUUCUAGCCCUUUUCUUGUAACUGCUGUUGCUUAGAGUGUAAUAGCUCUGUUAAUGAUUUACUUGCAUACUUGAAGUACUCAUUUCUGUCAAACAGAUGCCCAGUUUAUUUCCUUGUUUAAAAAAAGGUAUAGAUAACUGAAUAGUAAUAGAGACUUUAUUAAAAAAUAAUUUUGUUUAAAAUAAAUAUGAAAAAAGGCAUAAAGCCAAAAUGGAAUCACCAUUAUUAGGAUUUAAUGUAGCCAUGAUCCCAUUCUGCUAUUUUUUGCCAAUCUGCAUAUAGUUUAUCUUUAAGUCAGAACUUAUUUUCUUCUGUAUUUGUUGUAAAAGAAAUCUCAGUGAUUAUACUGCCAGUAUGAAAUUCAAAUGCACAUUAAGAAACUUGAACCCAAAAAAAUCUCACAUACCUCCAGCGGCUAGCAGCUAGCUCUAGGUUCCAGCCUGUAUAUUUUUAACAAUGAUUGCAUUUGAAUCUAGACUACUUUACAAAUAGUAACCAUGGUGGAUAAUGAUUUGUUUCUGUCAAUUACGUCAAUGGCAUUUGAGUUCUGAAUUAUUUUUGUUUAAAAAUAUUCUCUAUUCAACUAAUUAAAAAACUAAAAAUCGAAACCAUAAUGGCACAACAUACCACACAGAAUAAAAUCCUGUUUUCAAGAAAGAAAAUAAAACUGUUCUGACUUAAUGUGAGGCAGUGUUAUAUACCAAAGAAAUCACUUUAACAAGCCCUAAAUUCAACUGUCGUAUAGUGUAAGCUGUAGAUGAAUUGUGAACUAUUUUAGCACUAUAAUAGGAGAUUAGGAAUUAAUUUACUGUAAUUUUAAAGACAGUUUUUGUUAAUUUUACUGUUGUACAAUUAUUGAAGGCAGGGGAAAAAAUUAUGGGAGAAACACCAUAUGGAUAUUAAAAGAAAAAUAAGCUUUUCUUUUGAAAAGAUUUGGAAAUAGUUUGAAUUUAGGUAUCUUUUACUUUAUAUUAUAGGAACACAAAACAUGUGUGAGUUGUAUGGUAGGUACAAUACCACUAAAACAAAAUGGCACCCUGGUGAAGCCUAUGAGACCAUACCUGUGUUUUAUCAAAAUAGCCAGCGAAUGCAGGGGCCCAUUCUCCUGUUGAAAUUUAGAAGUCAGUGAAGCAGAUGGUUUGGAUGACCUAAUCUUUUGCAUUUCCUACAUGCGGCAAAUGUCUGUGCUUUCUCAACUUAGUGAUUGGUAUAGGGAGAACUAGUCAGAAGGGCUUAGCUAGUUCCUAUAGAAGAGCUCUGGUAAAUAUAGAUCAGACCAUAGCAUUCAGACUAUAAAGAGAUUUUCAUGUUUUUGCUAAGCCUUCAAAUUUUUGGCAAUGAUAGAUUUUCCUUUCAUUUGAAACAAAAAAAGUAUUAAAAUUUAUAAUAUUACACAGAGCUGAAUUCUGUGAUUCUUGAGGUAGGAAUAUAGUUUAGAUAAUACUGGGUUCCAUAACUGACUUUGACACUGGCUCACUGUGUCCUUUCUACAAACCAUAUGUUUUGGUGCCUCAGUUUUCCCAAUUAGACAUGGCAUAUAAUAUUAUCAAUUAUAAGUACUUGGGAAUUUUUCUGUUGCAAAAGGAGUUAUGUAAGCAUGAAUCAUACCUAAAUUUAUUAUUUCUUUACCACUGUCAUUUGAGUUAUAAAGAAAAGCUUCCAAGACUAAAGCUUGAAAAUUAAAAUUCCAAAUUAACAUCCCUCGAUGCUCAGUCCUUUUACAGGAAGGUUUGUUAAAAUGAGAGUGAACUUACCUUAGUACUAUCAGUACCUGAGUAGGUUUGGGUAUUUUCCUCUGUGUACUACAGGUUCAUAUUAUUCAUUUUAGGGUCAACUAAAAACUCACUUCUAAAAUCUUCAGAAGUUUAGUGGGGGUUUUUCUGCACCCACCCCAAACAACCAUUUUACAGAUGUGAAAAUUAGGACCUUCACAUUUUUUCUUAUAUUAAUAACUCCCUAAAGAGGAAAAUGUUUUCUUUCCUUCCUUCCUUUUUUCUUUCUCUUUUGGAAAAUGUUUCUUUAAAUCAGUGGUUUAAAAAAAAUGGACCGCUCUUACCUUGUGACAUCACUGCUUCCUCUCUUACCUUGUGACAUCACUCCCUAUACUAAGUGAAUGCUGAAUGGUUUCCUUGCUAUUUGAUCCCAAGCAUGGAUGGAUCACUGGCUACAUUCUCUGGCUGUGGAGUGCUACUUCCUAAUGUAAAUUACCUUCAAAACUUCCUGUAAAAAGACCAAACUAGAGAUUGCCUUAAUUAUUAUCAUAAUGCAAACCUGAGUGCAAUUAAAUGAAAAAAAUUAGUAUAACCUACUUAAAAUCAUUAAAUAUAGAUGAGGGUAAAUGAAUACUUGCAUUUAUUUUUGCCUGACAUUUGAAUUCAGUCACUAUCUGAUCCUUGACUUAAGAUUUCUUUGCAAAAUAUGGUAUUUUUUAUAGCAUAAUGUGGUCUCUUGGAGCUCCUAUUGCACCCUCCUCCCCUAAAACUGUAUGACAUAAGGGGAAAGACUGAAUCUGAACUUAUUCAUAUAGUAUUUUGACCUGUCUUAUUAGCACAACUUAGUUUUCAUAAUGACAGAUCCCUCAUUGAUGAUUCCGGAAUAAUUUGAUAUAGUGACAAGAAGAAAUCAUUGUUUUGGGAACUUGCUUCCCACAGUGACCUAAUAUACUGUUGACCUUAGUAUAAUUAAAAUUAAUUAUAAUUUUAUUAAGAGCCGGCCCUUUUUACAGAUUUCAAUUGUGCAGCAGAUUUUAAUAUACAUACUGUUGAGGAUGGAAAUAUUGCAAACUUGAGCAGUUCUUUCUUUUUUUUCUUCUCCUUUUACUUGAAAAACUUUCAGAAAGUUUUGAGAGAGGACACAGUUUUCGUAGCAACAUAGUCUUCUUCCAGGAAACUCAUAAACUAAAACAUGGAACAAAACCAAUGUUUAAUCCUAAUCUUGGUUUUGGACAGUGUAAACAAAAGCAUUCUAUAUAUCAGAGUUUUUUUUCAGUGUUUCUGCAGUUUCAUAUAUCAUUUUUGUCCAUCUCAAAAAUUGAAUCAGCAGUUUAUGUUCUAUUUCUAAUUAGUUGUGGUAAGGAAAUAAUUGCUUUUAUCAGUACAACCUUUCACCAUUUUUCUCUCCUAUGCUUUUUCUGUUUUUCAGUAACCACUUUUCUGACCUUCAUUCUACCACUUCUAGUCUGUCUUCCUUAUGAUUGACAGAGUGGUCUUUCUAAAACACAAAUUUGCUUUGCAUCACUUUGCUGAAAGUUUUUAAAUACUCUCUCCUUUCUUACAACAUAGCAUCCUAACUCUUUAGCAUGAUGGAUAGUGCUCUCUAUGAACUCGAGUUGUUUGCAUCCCCACCUACCGAUUUCCACCCCCCCCCCUCGCUUUUUUUUAAAGCAUUCUUGCCCACCAUUUUCCUGGAAUUUGGAACCAUCCACAACUUAGUCCUCAGCAUAAUCACAUACUAUAGGUCAACUCAUUCAAGACUCAGUUCAAAUUCCUCAAACCAAGUUAAGCUUUUCAUCCAUGCUCCAUAGAAUCUUGAAAUUUUUUCUGUUAAAAUAACAUCACUUUUCAACAAUUUUAUAUAUUAUAUGCCUGCCCCCCGAAUUUCUCUCUUUCUUUUAAUUUCUAGUCUCACUAUCUAGCUACCACACAAUAGGACUUUAAUAAGUGUUUUUGAAUGGAUGAUGUAAAUAGAGAACCCAAACUUUUCUGUAGUGUUAUACUUUCACAAGUGAAAACCUGGGCUUCUCUCAGAGUCCACAUGAGGGCUAAGUGUCUUCAUGGGCACACACACACUCUGGGAAACCAACAGGUGAUGGACAGCAGGGAAGAACAGUCACUUUAUGAAGGAUAAUCAUUUGUUAGCUAUUCAUCAGAGACACUUACCAAGUCUGAAUUCUUGUUUCUAAAUAUGAGGCUUAUCAAAAUCACAAAUUCUUAUUUGUAAUUCCUAAAUAUCCAGUAAAGGUGAUCUUUGUCUUUUGUAGACAUUCGGUAUAUACAAUCUAUAUAAACACAUACACUGAUUACCUACACAAAAUAAUGAGACUUCAGAAAGAGUAAAAAACAAUAAUGAAGGUGAAAUUUUCUUUUAAAUAAUGUUCAGCCAAAGAUAUUGACUGAAUUUGUGUGAUUUCAGGUCAUUUGUAGCUAAUGUCUAUUUCACUUUUUUUCUGAUGCAAAUGUAAGAAGGCUUGUUUGUGACUUUCACCCAUUAUACAAUAUAAAGAAUAAAAACUAUUAUCUGUGCACUAUAGGUUCAUAUUACUCAUUUUAGGAUAUACUAAAAACGCAAUUCCAAAAUCUUAGAAAAUUUAGUAGUAUUUUUUCUACACUCACCCCAACCAACCAAGGGCCUGGUUUUCUUUUGUGAUUCUAUAAAACCUUUUGACUGUGUCCCCAAAUCAUGGUAAAGGUUAACACAAAAGCUCUUUAAAGUUAAUCAUUUCUAAAAUUAAAUAGUAGUCCAAAAUGCAUGCAAUUAAAUUAAAUGCCCUCUUCCUUCACCCACUUAAUAGACAUUUUUCUGCCUGCUCUAUUCUUGGCAUCUGAUUAGAGGUUGGGGUACAACUAAAGUAAGGCAUAGCUCUUACCUGGGAGAGUUUGUUUUCAUGAUUAUUUUUCUAUAGUCCAUUAAGAAAUUGGGAGGACAUUUUUUUAAACCAAGUAUUUCUCAGGGUAUUUCAGAGACGUGUUCUCUUUUCACAUUAAAAAACUAACAAAUCCUGUGUCAUUCAGAAGUAACCCCGUUUUUAGGCCUACAGUUUUUGUAUUUUCAGAUCAUCCACAAAUAAUUUUGCCCACCCCUUGUCAAGUACAUCUUUCAUCAAACCUGUAGAACGCCAUUUCCACAACCGUAACUGCUGUGUGAUCCAGGAGACUAAUAGAUUUGUAGAACAUAAGUAACAUAUCAAGUCCAUUUUACAAAGGCAUAUGUCCCUAUUAAUGACACUUACACCAAAAUAUAUGGGGUAUGCAUUGUGAGCCCACAGCAGAGGGAAACGUAAAGUAAUGCUUCCUGGUGUAAAAGGCUCCAUUUGAGCUUACGAGUUCCUGUUUCCACCUCGGUUAUUUUUAUUGGCGAGUCAGGAGUGAUAUUUAACAGGUAGCAUACUUAUCUAAGCAUAUAGUAAGCAUACUAAGCAUAUUUGUGUGCCACAGUACACUGAUAUAGAUGAAACAAAACAAAAAUCUUGGAGUUAUAAAAAUGAACUUAACUGAAUAUUUAUUGAUAGGCAAUAGGGUUCCUUUAUGACAAGGAGAAAAACUGCCGUUAUCUUAAUUAUCAGUAAGUAUGGGGGGGGGGGACCCUUGUAUGUAUAUUUACAUUUUGAUAAGCUUAUUUUGAAGUCACCAUUUCCCAUCAGCAUAAAGUAUCAAUCAUUUCUAUGUUCUCUAGCAAAAGAAAACUCUUAGUUUGAAACAACUUUACUCUUUUUUGGAUGUUAUAAAAGGUCCACAAAAGAAGGAUGCUCAGAUGGCUAGGUAGAUACUUUCCCCUUAUAUUCAGCAUACUGAUUUUACCUUUUGAUAAAGAUACACAGUAACUAUUUGCCUUCUAUUUAUCAUAUUGAAAACAUAAUACAGUAGUAGAGUUCUUUUGACCCUUACAUUGGAAAAGAUAGGUUUAAUUUAGCCUUUGCUAUAUUAUUUAUAGUUAAGAGUUUACUACAUUUUGGUAGUCUGUUUUGAAAUUGUACUGUAUCUGAAAGAUGCAGAUCAUGUCUAUUUAUUACACAAUGGGCUCUGUUUGCUGCAGAAAAGAGUAAAACUUUUAACUGCUUAGCACACUUGCCGGUGAAAUAUACCUGACAGGGCAGAGGUUAUAACUUUGGCUCUAAUUAGUUUUAAUAAUGGUAGGAAAAUGUAUUUUGUUUGUUUACAUGCUGUUUACAAUGGCAUAAUUUUUAAAUAUAUACAACAAUUGAGAUAUUUAUUGCAUACUGUUUUAAAGAUGUUUUAUGUGUUUUCACCUUUGGAAUAUAUUGUUACAGUUCCUUAUACAGGUAAUUUGGGUGGCUUUGUUAAUAAUGUAGCUAGCAAUUUUUAUGACUACUAAGUGACCAGUUUUCUGUGCCUUUUAUUGUGGGAUGCAUGGUGUAUUUAUUGUACGGGAGUCACUGAUGCGUGUAUUUUUGUACUUGGCUGAGAGUUACGGUUGAUCUCCAUGUACAUGAUGAUGAGAGAUGCCUUUCCCAAAGGGCACUGCCUUGAGAUCAUUCUUCUCAAAUAAAAAGAAUGCCUUUGGACAAUG